AUGGGAAUGAUCCGUCCCCGGAGGAGCCAGCGCCUUCGCCCGCGCCACUGCCCGCCCUGCAGCCCGCCGCUCAGCCCUCGCCACGAGGCCCUGAUGACCUACUUGGCGGGAGGGCCGCCCCCGGAAAACCUGCUGCCUAUGCUGGCGGCCAUUGCCCCCGCGCCUCCACCCAUGCUUCUUACGCCUCCCGUGGUGGUGCUGAGGCCCAUCUCCCAGGUGCGCCAGAAUUUCCACAACAACUGCGAGGCCUCCAUCAACCACCAGAUCCACCUGGAGCUGCACGCGUCCUACGUGUACCUGUCCAUCGCCUUCUACUUCGACCGCCAGGACCAGGCCCUGCAGCGCUUCGCCGCCUUCUUCCUGUGGCAGUCCAGGGAGGAGUGGAAGCACGCCCAGGCGCUGAUGGAGCUGCAGAACCGGCGAGGGGGCCGCAUCCGCCUGCGAGAUAUCAGCGGGCCUGACCACCACCAGUGGGAGAGCGGCCUGAAGGCCGUGAAGAGCGCCUUGCAGAUGGCGAGGAUGGUCAACCAGAGCCUGCGCAACCUGCACCAGCUGGCCACCAGCAAGCACGACGCCCACCUGCGCGGUUUCCUGGCGCGUCACUUCCUGCGCCAGGACGUGCAGUUCAUCUACAACCUGGGAGCCAGCGUCAGCGAGCUGCGAAAGCUGGGAGCCCGGACCUCCAGCCUGGCAGAGUACCUCUUGGACAAGCUCGCUCUGGGUGCCAGCAAGAAGAGCUGA